GAAAACUGUCACUCACUCACGCGCUCAGUGUGAGGGAUGGACUGCGAUAUCUUCCCAUUAGUUUAGCCUCUGAUUAUUCAUUUAUUUACAAAAAAUACUUUUCUUUCUUGUCUACCAGAAGACCUUGACUGCUCAUCAUGAAUCUCAUCAGUUGUCUUCCACACGCUUUGUGCGCUUCCAUUUCUGUUCCUUCUCAGCACAGCUCACAGAGACGCACAGGAUGCUUUCCGCACCAGUUGCUUUCAUCAAAUUAGAUGGUCAGGACAGUGAGCCCAGAUGUAAUGAAUGGAUCUUCCUUCUGUACGCUUCAUGCUGCUUCUCCACGUGUGUACGGCACAACUCAUGAAUGACUGCGACAUAUCCCUGAACUUAGUCUGCAACUCAACUUUAAAGACCUGAUGGAUUUAAAGAGGGUGCUGUCCUUCCCUCCAUAUCCAGGAGAAUACCUGCACCCGGUUGUUUAUGCAUGCACGGCAGUUAUGCUGCUCUGCCUGCUGAUAUCGAUAAUGACGUACAUUAUACACCACAGUGUAAUCCGAAUCAGCAGGAAAGGAUGGCACAUACUACUGAAUGUCCUUUUUCAUACUGCCAUGACGUUUGGGGUGUUUGCCGGAGGAAUCAAUCAGAUCAAGUACCCCAUUGUCUGUCAAGUGGUUGGGAUCAUUUUGCACUACUCCUCUCUCUCCACCAUGCUUUGGCUGGUGCUAACUGCCAGGAAUACCUGUAAUGAAGUCUCCAAGGCUCCACCACUUUCUCAGGACAGAGAUCUUCCCACACAGCCCCACCCUAAAUUCGCUAUAUUCAGAUUUUAUCUGUUCAGUAGUGGAAUCCCCAUUGUCAUUGUAGGGGUCACAGCUGCUGUUAAUCUGGAUAACUAUGGCAGCAGAGAUGAUGCCCCUUAUUGUUGGAUGGCAUGGGAGCCCAGUCUAGGAGGCUUCUAUGGACCCUCUUCAGUUCUAGUCCUGGUCAUGUGUAUGUAUUUCCUGUGCACAUUUGUGCAGUUGAAGCGGCAUCCAGAGCGUAAGUAUGAGCUAAAGGCCAUGACAGAGGAGCAGCAACGUCUGGCCACGGCAGAAAUCGGCCACUGCCCUGCUGCCAGUGGUGAACCUGGAGAACAAGGAGAGCAUUCAGGUUGCAUGGCCAUCACUGCCUCCAUGCUUGCCAAUGAGCACUCCUUCAAGGCUCAACUGCGGUCCACUGCUUUCACUGUAUUCCUUUUCCUAGCCACAUGGGCCUUUGGGGCAUUGGCAGUGUCACAAGGCCAUUAUCUGUCCAUGAUAUUUAGCUGUUUAUAUGGGGCAUUUUCAGUGACACUGGGACUCUUUCUGCUUAUUCAGCACUGUGCUAAACGGGAUGAUGUGUGGCACCGCUGGUGGGCCUGCUGUCCUUCUAAACCAAAAUUAGAUGUGAAUGGAGAGACAGCAGGAAGCACUGAAAGUAAAAGUCACUUUGAGGGAAAGCGACCAUAUGCAGGUAAACCUUUACUCUCCCCUCACCUUCUCACAUCAUCACCUCACUGUAAUCCAAGCUCCCUGCCUACAGCUCAGAUUCCAAUGAGCCCAUGCUGCUCCACAUUGUAUAGCUCUUCUAUAGUACUAGAAGGCUCCGCUCAUUCCCUGUCUCUCCCUGAGGAGUUACCCCGCCCCUCCCUGCCCCUGCAGAGCUGCCUGAAGGACAGGACUAAGUCUCGCUCAUUCAGUCGGCCACGGCCCUGCCUCAGGGACUUCACACUACACAUGACUUCGAGCAGCUUGGAUGGAAGUGUGCAGAGUUCCCACCUCGAUAGCCCUCACAGCAUGCACUUAGAAAAUCCCAUCACUUGUCAUACCUCACACUUGGAGAGCCGACUCUCCUGUCAAAGCCCUCAUUUGGACAACCAGCUGCACUGCACCAGCCCUAGCAUUCACAUGGAAAGCCACAGAACACAUCUGGAAAACCAGCUGCCUUGUCAUGAGGGACAUACCUGCCACACACACAUGUGUUGUGCUAAGGCAGAACCAUUAUCCAGCGUAUGCUGUCCUAAAACAGACACUUUUUCUGGUGCUUCCCAGGGAAAAGUUACCAGCACAGCUUGCAUGAUGCACAGCAGCACCAAAAUGACCAAUAAAGAGGAGGACAUUAUGUUGCACUUGGAUAUUCCUCCACCACGGUCCACUAUGCCAAGCUCUCAGGCUACACUCAGCAGGAAGAGCACUCUCAGCCGGAAAGGAACACUGAGCCACAAUAGCAGCCUGCAUGAGGACUAUGUGUUUAUCCCUGAUUCCACAGGUAACAUUAGGACAGGGCCAUGGAAAAAUGAAACCACUGUGUAGCACUUCAUAAAUAUCUUGUUUCUUCCCUGAGCUAAACUACUACUAAACUACUGUGUAGUCCCAGGACUGUGAUCCAAAGCACCUCCAAAUAAAACUACUGUGUAGUCCUUCCACUUUCACCUACACACCCCCCAAGCCUUCACUUAUAACCACUAAAUAGGACUUUGUAGCAUUGAAAACACAAUUUACUCUUCACCUUCAAUACACCUGCAUGAACCAUGUUUAUCUUUUUGUGACACCUAAAAUAGGCCCAACAUACAUAAAUAUACAUUAAAGUGUUCUAGAGUGGGGUUACCAAAUGACUAGUGUGAGUGACUGUGUGUUUGAAUGAAUAUCUUUGUGUGUGUAUAUAUUGCCAGAAUAUCGGUUAAAAAAAAGUGUUGCAAUGAGAGACUUCAGCCAAACUCACAUGUGUGAUUAAUAAAAACUCCGAACCUAUGGUGUAAGAUCCUGAUCAUUCUUGAUGAUGGCAUUAAUCUGACAGUUAUUGCUUAUAACGGAUCAUGUAGCAACAAAAAUACAACCUUAAAACCCUAAAAAGCAAAUAAACGAAUAGUCUUCAGUCUGUUACCAUGGUGACAGAUAAAAAAUCAGAUGUACCCAACCAGCAUGAUUUUUUUAUAUACUGCAUAUUUAGGCUUUUAUUUCUGCAAAUCAGCCAAAAUCUUUAUCAUUUGUUAGACUGUAAGUUUUGCAUUGAUCUGUUGUUUUAUGUUGAACCAAGUUGUUGAACCUCAGCAAUUUUUAAAGUCUUCUUUGAGAAUUUACUCUAAAGUUUUUCAGUCAACACAUU